AUGAAUAUGUUAUUAUCACAAAUGGAUAAAUAUACAAGCAUAAUAACUGAUGAGAAAUUUUCAUCCUUAACUUUAAAUGUCACAAAAUAUCCAAAGACGUUAUAUCAUUGGGAGUAUUUACUUAAUUUCCUAAUCACUAAAGCAUCACCUAUAAAUAAGUUACUCGAGCCUCAAUUAUAUAAAUUAAUUGUAUCAACUUAUGAGAACAUUUUGCAAAAUUUCCCAUAUUUAGAAAACUAUCAUAUCGAUUAUGCACUAUUUGAAUAUAAGCUAAGUCAUUUUAAAAAAAUGUUCCAAAUUUUUAAUAGAGCAUUGUUAACAUUCCAUAACAGAUCUUUAUUAAUAUGGAUUGAAUAUUUAAGAAUAUGUAAUGAGCUUCUUUGGAACAACAAAGUUUUAUUUAAACGUUAUGAACGAGCAGAAAAAUUUAUUGGAUUGCAUUAUUUUAGUGGUGAAUUUUGGAACCUAUAUUUAGAGCAGAUUAAACUUCGUUGUAAUGAUAAUAACAGGAAAUAUAUUAUUUUACUAAGAAAAAUUAUUGAAUUACCGAUCUAUAAUUUUAGUAAAUAUUUUGCAUUAUGGUUACAAGAGAUUGAUACAGUGAAGGAUUUGAAAGAAUUAACUAAAUUUGUCUCAAAAGAGGAUUUAAAAAAUAAAUUAAAAAUUGAUGUUGAUUAUAAAGGUAGACGAGGUCCAUAUUUGUUAGAAUCUAAGAAGAUUCUUAAAAAAUUCACUAAAGAGUUAUAUAUGGUAGUACAAUUUCAAUCAUUAGAAAUAUAUUCUUUAUUCGAAUCUAAUUUACAGACAUUUUAUUCUACUUCUAGUGAUCAAUUAGUAUCUGUUCAACAAAUUGAUACUUGGAUUAAAUACCUGAAUUUCACGAUAAAUUUAAAUAUAGAAUCAUUGAUUCAUUUAAAUUUCCAAAGAGCAUUGAUCUCUUUAGGGAAUUAUGAUACUAUAUGGGUCAAAUAUGCUAAAUGGAUGGUCGAAUCUAAAGAAGAUUAUCUUUCAGCUAAAGGAAUAUUAUAUGAAGGUUUAAAAUUCUCUUUGAAAAAAACUAAUAUAUUAAAAUUUCUUUAUUCUUUAUUAAUCAAAAUGGAUGAAUUACAUGAGUUAAAUGAAAUUCUUAACCAGAUAUCCAAAUCAUUCAAUAAUUCAAUAGAAAAUAGUGAAGAUUUUGAUAUCUUUUGGGAUUAUUUACAGUUUAAUAUUUUUUUACAAAAUUCAUUACCUCAGAGCAGAUAUUCUGGAGACAGCAAUAAAAAUUCAAAGUCUACUAAAUCCAAAGCCAAAACUAUUUUACCACCACAGAUACUUGAAAAGAUAAGAACAAGGCUAGAAAAUAAUAAUAAUAAUAAUAAUAAUAAUAAUGAUACUAGAGAGACAGAUGGUGAUGAAAGAUCUUUUGACAUAUUAGCAGCCAUAUUAAAGUUACAAACAAAAGAUAAUACGGAUAUAAUUGAAGAAGAUAUAUUCCAAUAUUUAAUAAAGGAACCAACAAACAAAAGAUAUUAUCAAGACAGUGGAGAAUUCUGGGUCCUUUAUUGCCAUUUAAUUUUUUUUGAUCCUGCCAGAUCAUAUUUAGAGAAAAGGAACAAGAUUAUUAAUGACAUAUUGGGCUGUGUUAAUCCAUCAGAUAAAAAUAUACAGAGUUCAAUAUAUUUUUCAUUGAAAACAUUUUUUGAGUUUUAUUUACCCGAAGACAUGGACAUAUUAUACGAGAAAUUUCGUCCUUGA